UCUGGCCAUCUGCGCAUGCGUCCUGCUAGGCGGCGCUCAUGCAGGAUUUCCGAUCCGCGGGAAGUUGCCAGUUGUCGGCGACCGGAGCGGCCCGAGGUUCUCAGCACGGGACAGCGAGGUCGUUGUGUCAGCGCCCGGGGUGCGGUGACGUCAGAGGAGUGACGUCAUCGGCGGCUUGUAAGUGAUGAGCUCACUGGCGGACCCUUAACCAGCAGCUAUGAUGUCACAGAAGAAGAUGGCGGAUUUCUGGCAGUCAGACAACAAGAACACCUUGAAGAAGACCAAGUUUGACCUGCGCAUCGUGCAGACGUACCUGUGCCGGGCGCGGGAGGAGAGGCCGUUGCUGUCCAUCCCCGUGGGCGAGCUGGAUGACCACCUGUCCACCUUCAUCCGCACCCACCGUAAGCCCGACGGCUCCGAGUACGAGGCGGGCACGCUGCGCGGCAUCCUGGGCAGCCUGGACCGCCACUUCGAGAAGAGCGGCUACCCGCACGCCAUCUACCGCUCCAAGGAGACCAAGUUCAAGAAGACGGUGAGCGCCAUGCGGGAGCGGCAGUCCUACCUGAAGACCCUGAGCCGGAGCACCCCCCCCAACCAGGCCGAGCCGCUGAGCGAGCGCGACAUAGAGCGGCUGUACGCCACGGGCGCCAUCGGCCUGCACAGCCCCACCGCCCUGCUCCACAUGCUGUUCUUCAACAUCGGCCUCCACUUCAGCCUCCGCACUCUGGAGCAGCACAGCCUCCGCUGGGGCGACAUCACCCUGAAGUCCGACCCGCAGGGCAGGAAGUACCUGGAGCACACCAAGAAGCUGGCGGGCGGCCGCGGCGCCAGCCGCCUCCACCCCGUGCACACCAUGAGGAUGCAGAUCUACGAGAGCCCCGAGCAGCCCGACCGUGACGUGGUCAAAGCCUACCAGAAGUACGCCCAGGAGAGGCCCGACAAGAUGAAGACCAAGGACUCCCCCUUCUACCUCACCCCACAGCCCGACCGCCGCCCCGGGUACGCCCGCUGGUUCAAAAACCUGCCCGUGGGCGAGGCCAGGAUAAGAGGCAUCAUGAAGCACCUGAAGAUGGCGGCCGGCCUGAAGCCCCAGCAGAGAGUCCUGCAGAAGAGUGAGGAGGCGGAGGGCGUGGGCGAGGCGGUGAACGGCCACACGGUGAAGAGAGAAGAUGAGGAGGCGCCCUAUGAAGACACGAGCCACUGCAGCCCUAAAAUUAAGGAGGAGUGGGAGGAGCCAGAGCAGCUGGGGGCGGAGGAGAAGAGCCUCAUCCCCGGGCGGGGUCUGGUCACCUUCCAUGAUGUGGCUGCCUAUUUCUCUGCCAAGGAGUGGGGCGGUCUGGAGGAAUGGCAGAAGGAGCUGUACAAGAACGUGAUGCGGGAGAUCCACGCGGCACUGGAGGGCAUGGGGUACAAGAUUGUAAACGGAGACGUCCUUCUGAAGAUCAAAGAGGAGGAGAAGGACAGUGGAGCCCCGGAGCCAGGACACGCUCCGGGUGGCAGCUCUGCUCCGGACAUCUUACUAAGGAUCAAACACCACGAUGACGACGACGACAGAGACCCGAAUGAGGAGCAAGACACGUCCAGCCCCAGUAUCUCAGGAUUCGACCCAGACCUUUCCCUGUGGGCGUUAAAAGAAGACGCGCUUCCUGCAGAAGACGGCAAGGAGGAGGCGCUGCCUGCUGAGCCAGAUACGGAAGUCAUCUCCCUGGCUCAGCCAAGCUUCGGCUCCCACCGGGAGUCUUUACCAGGUAUUUCCACCCUCUGCGUAGUCACCCGUCCCGGCAAGAGGAAGCGGCGCCCCCCUCAGAGGCGGAACUACGAGCAGACGGCGGACUCCGACGAUGACGAUAGGGCCGGAGACGAUUCCAAGCGACGGCUGCCUUGUCGUAACCUUCCCCCUAAAGACCAAGAUGACUGGAUGCUCCAGGAGAAGCUUUUCCAGUGCGACCUGUGCGAGCGGACCUUCAGCGAAAACGCCAGCCACCUAGAGACGUUCCAGUCCUGCCCUCAGUGCGGGGGGAUCUUAAACCCAAUGCCGGACACGAGCAGCUUCUCUCAGACGAUGCAUUGCCAAGAUGCUGGCGCCAACCUCGGCUUCUCCUGCCGCAUGCAGGGCCCGGUGGGGUGAGGCAGGGGGCCCCCUGCCAGUGACCCUCCACCAUCCACACUGGAUCAUAAUUUAUUACUGGGACAGAGGGCAAAAUCUACUGUUUAUAGUGACUUUGUGCCCGUGGGCGCUCCAGGGGGCGAGGACAGCGUUUGGGCCACAGCCGUGCCUUAUACUAAGAUCCCAGUCUUCCUUUAUAACCACAGUACACUGACUGCACCCCUGGCGGCUUCCUCCGCACCGAGGUGCCAGAUUUUAUCGGGUGCUGCUCAUCUGCUGGCCGGAGUGGUACUGUACGUGGCUCGUGGAUUGGACCAGUGGUAACAUCGUCAGGGCAUUUAUAUUGGGCGGUGGCCUCGCAGUUUAGUGGGGGGGGGGGGGGCGCGCACAUCUCUGUCUUUUCCUGUGGCGUCAAGCAGUAUUAGUCGUGUGGCCUUUGUCACCGCAACACUUUUAACUCUUUCCUGUUUUAAUGUUUUUUUUUUAUGUUAAUGAUAUACACUGUGGAGACGGAGGAGGGGUGAUGGAUCGCCUGCUACGAGUAACCCCCGUGGCUCAGGUGGUCCACUACCCUUCCUACCACCCCUUUUUUUUUAUUUUUUAUUAUUACCUGGGGGUGCAAGAUUUACAUACUAAGUAUCACCGCGGUACGUGACCAGAGAAUGUAGCUGCCUCCUCCUGCGCAAUUUUAGAUGACUAACUUUUAACACCUUGGCGAUGAGCUGUACAAUAUCGCCCCCCCCCCCCCCUACUGACCUCUAGCAUCAUCUCUUAUACUCCAGUCACCUCUAGAGCUGCACCAAGAAGACAUCCAGAAUCAUUUGUUACACUCCAGCCGCCGUUCUAUUACAUGCCCUGCUCUAACUCUGGCGUCUGCUUCCGAUGCGUUUUGGGAGAUGGGGUUUACAGUACAGUAUCGGGGGUGCGAGCAGCCUGCAGAGCCGAGCGUGUCGCUGAUCAAGGAGCCGUGUAGUCGGCAGAUUCCUUCAGGUGUUGUUUUUUUUUUGCACAGAACGGCCACAUGUAUGUGAAGUGGCAGCUGCAGCUCUGCCUGUGACUGGAGUAUUAUAUCAGACCUGGUCUGAAAGCUGAACGGCAGGCAGCUCAAGAUUUGUUGGGAAUGCAGCAUUGGACAUGAUGUAACACAAUAUUGGUUGCAGCUUUGGCUGUGACUAGUGUUCUAUGAACAGUCAUGGGAAAAAGGUGUCCCUUAUAAUCAGGUGUCCCUUAUAAUCAGUGCAGUAUUGGACAUGAUGGAAGAGGAGACUAGCUGUGACUAGAGUGCUCAAUGUACAGUCAUGGGGAAAAGAAUGUGCCCCCAGGUGGGAGUAAGUAAGUGCCCCCUCUAAUCAGUGUUCGCCUCAAUAUCCUGUCUUCUGGAGAUUAUUUACUCGUCAUUGAUGUGAAAGGACGUCAGCUGCGGCAGCUCUCCUGUCCCUGCGCAGGGUCUUGGCCGGGGGUGACUACAUACAAGGUGUGGAACCACUGUGUCAGUCACCCGGCUAAACCUAACGGCAGUAUCCUGACAGUCCCCUGGUAAUGGCCCUUUAACCCCCUCUACAGGGAUCUGCACUUCGCUGCAGAAGACCCACUGGGCCUCUACCUGUUG